AUGUCAUACUUCACAAGAAAUGAAGGAGCGAUUGUGUUUGCGUUUGUGAGCAUCGCGUUUAUAACGUUUUACUGCGUCAAUUACUUUAUCCGGCGGUGCAGAGACGACAGAGCCAGCGCUUCUGCCUCCGGGGACACGGCUGAUGCUGAAUUAAGUCCGAGGAGGCCACCGCGAGGGCUUGACGCUGAAGCCAUUGGUUCGUUCUCUUCAUUCGUUUACACAGACGCUAAAGGGAUUGAUCCAGGAAAAGACGAGCUAGAAUGUGCGGUUUGUCUGAACGAGUUCAAGGACAAGGAAACGCUGCGUUUGGUAUCACCUUGUGGGCAUGUGUUUCAUGCUGAUUGUGUGGACAUUUGGCUCUCGUAUCGUUUCACGUGUCCUAUCUGUCGUGCUGAUGUAGUUCCCGAAUCGAAGGAAGUAUAG